CGGAGGUCGAGGUCCAACGUUGUACUUCCAUUCAAAAAGUGGAUAUUUUCAUUUGGUGUGUGCCGUGACAGUGGAUUUAAAAUGUCGAAUUCGACACUUGAGAUGAAGGGAUUUGCGAGGAGGGGAGCUUUGCGUCAGAAGAACGUGCAUGAGAUAAAAAAUCACAAAUUCAUCCCGAGGUUUUUCAAGCAGCCGACAUUUUGUAGCCACUGCAAGGAUUUCAUUUGGGGAUUUGGCAAGCAAGGCUUCCAAUGCAAAGUGUGCAGUUUUGUAGUUCAUAAGCGCUGCCAUGAAUUUGUCACUUUCCAGUGCCCUGGACUCGACCCAGGAGUCGAUUCUGACGAUCCUAGGAACAAGCAUAAGUUCAAAGUUCACAGUUAUAACAGUCCCACAUUCUGUGACCACUGUGGGUCUCUCCUAUAUGGGCUCUAUCACCAGGGCAUGAAAUGUGGAGCAUGUGACAUGAACGUACACAAACGAUGUCAGAAGUCGGUACCAAAUUUAUGUGGAGCAGACCAUACAGAGAGACGAGGUCGUAUCAAGGUCAAAGCCGAGGUCAUUGGAAACAAACUCCAGGUCACAGGUAAGUGUGCAAGUCUUUUUAUUCACACCAAUUUUCUUGAAUUUUUUUUGCAUUUGCGUUUGGCAGGAAUCAAGCACAGUGACUCAUCAUGAAGAUCAUUCCACUGUUAAUCAAAAAUUCUUUAUGGAAUUAUGAAAAAUAGGAGUGCAUUUGCACUUGAUGCGAUGGCUCUUUUCUACUGACUACCUUGAGUGCACUUUUUAUAUUUCAAAAUUUGAAUUAAUUCUCCAAAUAAUGUCUGGAUAGGUCUCCAGCCAAGCUUCUUCUGAGGGUCCAGAAGAUGGGCCCAUAGUUGGGUACCACGAUGAAAACAAAAACUAAUCCCAACUCGCAACCCUGGUGUCUCUGAACAAUAAUUCAAGUAAUACUGACCAAUUCGUUGGCGAUCAUCCGAACCGUCGUAUCAGUCAAUUUUGGUCAAAAAAUUGAUUUUGAGAUGUUUGAAGAAAAUUAGAGUACUGGGUCCUAUUCUACUCAUAAUUAAAUUUCUAGAAAGCUAUUUAUUUCAUUUUCUGAGAUAUGAGAGGAUUUUCACGGCGAUGCCAUACAUUUUUUCAAUAAAAUGCGGAAAUCCCAUUGGAAACGUGUACUAUAACAGAGCGAUACGACGUGUUCACUGACUGCGAUUUCAAAGCGCGCGGUCAGCUAAACCGUCGUAUCGGCCAUCUGCACUGCAUUGACUUUGCAUGUGAAAAGCGAUACCACGUUUUGACCGAC